UGAGAUAGAGCUCCCUUUUUGAAUGGAAAUGGUGUGGACAUUGCGGUUGAUUUCGAAGACUACUUUCCGUCGAUGGUGGAGCGAAUGGGGGCGGAAGGGUUCAUAACGGAGCUUUGCAACGGGUUCAGGCUGCUGAUGGAUGGCGAGAGAGGGGUGAUUACGUUCGAGAGCUUGAAGAAGAACAGCGUGGCGCUGGGAUUGGAUGAUUUGAGAGAUGAUGAGAUUGUAUGCAUGUUGAGUGAAGGUGAUUUGGAUGGCGAUGGGGCUCUAAACCAGGUUGAGUUUUGUACUCUUAUGUUUAGGUUAAGCCCUGGGUUAAUGGAUAACAAUGGAUCCAGGCAAUGGGUUGAAGAAUAUGGUGUUAUUUGAAAAAAAUUAAGGCAAUAAAAAUAUUUUUAAAUUGCAACUUU